AUGAUAAUGGCCCCACUGUUAUUUUUCUCAGCCCGCCGACUUUGCGAAACGCACGGACAGGACAAGCUUCAUCAAUCCCUUCCUGAUCAUCCUUUGUCUGUCCUAUUUAUUACGCACCGCUACUCUCGCGCUCUGACCGGGCUCCCGCCCUGUAAGCAAUGACCAUCGAACCCGAGUACGUCCGACUGCACAUCACGCCCCUCGAUAGCGGCCUCCUCAAGACCUACCUGCCCACCUCCACGUCGGCGCGCAACGUCUCCUUCCACACCAUUGAGACGUUCCCCGAGAAGCGCUACGGCUACGUCGAACUGCCCGUCGCUGAGGCAGACAAAUUGAAGAAGAAGCUCAACGGCGCCGUGCUCAAGGGUAGCAAGGUCCGGAUCGAAAAGGCCAAGCCGCCAGUCGACAUGGGCUCGUCCACGAAAGAAGAGAAGAGGGUGAAGAAGGAUGGGUCUUCGAAGAAGCGGAAGCGUGAGGAGAAUGUCGUAGACGGUGUGGCGCUGUCGAAUCGCAAGGUCAAGCGUGGCUGGACAGAGUCACCUGCGGAAUCGUCCAAACGCAAGAAGAAGGACCGCUCUGCUUCGAAAGCAGACAAAGCUGAGAAGAAGGAGGACAGAAAGAAGGAGAAGCAGGAGAAAAAGCGGACAAAGUCGAAAUACACAGACGGCGAAGAGUGCCUGCUCAAGACCACGGUGCCGCCCAAUGCGACGAGGAAUCUACCCGAGGAAGACAAGCACGAGAAGAAGAAGCGCAAGAAGAAUAGUAGUAGCCGGGAGGUCACGGUGCACGAGUUUGAGAAGACGACCAAGUUUCCCAGCUUCCUGAAAGACGAGGGCGUCAAGGGGCGCGCUGGCGCUGAGGAGUAUGUGGAGGGCAAGGGAUGGGUGGACGCAGAAGGCAACGUCGUGGAGGCGGUCAAGGAGAAGGAGGUCAAUUUCCCGGAGAAGAAGAGCAAAAAGGCCAAGAAGCAGGUUGUCGUGGAGGAGGACAGCGACACGAGCAGCAGCGGAUCUUCGUCUGAAGAGGAAGAGGAGGACGAGGAAGAAGAGCCAAAGCCCAAGCAUCCUGCUAAAGGUGUCGCCGACGAUGUCUCGAGCGAUACAUCCUCGAGUGAGUCUGAGGACGAGACCAUGGUGGAAGCUGCUGCAACGCAGACUGAGCCGAAACCUGCUCCAGCCUCCGACUCGGACGAUACAAGCUCUUCUGGCUCCGACAGUGAAGACGGCGAUGCCCCUUCCGCCAAGACAGUCGCUACACCCAAAUCCACAACCGCGCAUCGUCCAACUUCGUCCUCCAGCCUCAAGAUCGACAUCCCUCCACCACCAGCCACGCCCGCCGGCACAGUCCAUCCUCUGGAAGCCCUUUACAAGCGUCAAAAGGAUGCGGGCCAAGAAGAGGCGCCCGCUACGCAAUCCUUUAGCUUCUUCGGCAACGGCGAUGCCACCCAGGAUGACGGUGACGAAGCAGACGACGACGUGGCCCCAGCCGUGCCCAUGACACCAUACACCCGCCAGGACUUUGAGUGGCGCAACCUGCGGAGCGCCGCACCGACGCCCGACACGGCUCACCCUUCACGGAUGCAAAACUUCUGGGCCGACAAUCAAGAUGAGGACGAGGCUGAAGAGGAGGAUGAGGAGGAUGAAGACGAGGAAGACGCGGCCAAGCCCAAGGAUGCGACCAGCGACUUUCAGUCGUGGUUCUGGGACAACAGGCGCGAUCUCAACCGCAGUUGGAUGAAUAGGCGCAAGACAGCGGCCAAGGAGAGGAGACACCGGGAGAACAAGGCCAGAGCAUCGAGAGCGGUCUAAAGGGAGGCAGGCAAGCAGGCAGGCAAUAUACAUUUUCAUUGAAUUCAGAAGGAGUACUUCUUUAUAUACAGCUAUGAAGAGGAAGAAGAGAACUGUGAAGAAGAAGAAGAAGAAGGGACAUUGUCAAACCGACUAUUUAGACCCGGCCAAAACCAGCCGUGUUGACCACGCCCUUGGCAACCUCGGCCGUGCUGGCCGAGGCAAUUGUCUUGCCCUGGAAAUUGGCGAGGAAGCCCGUGGCGGUGCCGCUGAGCGUGCCCGAGCUGCCGUAGGCGUUGAGCUGGCAGGACCGUCCGAGGUAGGACUGGCACUGGGCGUUGGUGCCGCUGUCCGGGGAGGCAAACACCUGGCCGCCGCCGUUCUCAAUGGCGG